UAUUAUUUUACGGCAUGUCUUAAUGGACAUUUACAAAGUCCCGACACAUGAUAUACUUCAAAUCGAUUUGAUAUCGUUCAAUGAAAAAAAGUCUAAAUCGUGGCUGUGAUAGUAAAGUCUUUUUUAAACCACUUCUUGUGCAAAGUUCAUAUGAAACACACACAUUUUAAUCAUCAAAACUGUGAAAAUGUCAAAAGUGUUGCAAAAACAAGUUUCCUUCAUUUGAACAAGCAACAAAACUGGAGCUCUGUAACAAAAAAAUUGCGAUAAAUUGGCCAUAAAUAGCCCAUGAUAUUGACAGUGGUGGAGUUAGCAAUUCGGGGGCUCUUGGCGAACUCGAGUUUGGGGCCCUCACUAUAAUGCACCAUUUUUUGUUUUGUUUUGUUUUUAUUUUUUUGUUUUUGUAAUAUAUUAAUUUUCCAUUUCCCCCCAUUGCUCUUGAGACAUGCACAUCCCUAUUUAUUUGAAUUUUAUGAUGGACUGGAAACUUGUUAGUUAGGUCGCCUACUAGAAAACCAGAACUGAAUUAUAAUUACAUUUUUGUUUACUUCCAUUACAUAUGAUGAUUAUUAUUUUUCUUCUGAAUAUUGUUUAAAAGUAUUGAGAGAAAAUCAAAUUACUCUCAUUAGUGACACUGUGUUUGGGGGCUCCUCCAGCUUUGGGGGCCCUAGGCAGCUGCUUGCUUUUGCCUAAUGAUAGCGCCACCUCUGGAUAUCGAUACUGUUUCAUCACAUUAAACAAUACGAUAUGUGGAUAUUUCAACAUUUUUGCACACCCUUACCCGUGACCCGGUCUGGUUCGGUCUCCACGACGAUAGAAACGCUCAACACCGCGCCGUGAAACGCUCCAGACAAAGCAGCAACAACAACAUCUCCAUCUUCAGAAAGACACUCCACCAGAAAAGUUACACAAUGCGCCUUUAAAGACCACACAGAGUAACAUCCUCGCGGUCAUUCAACUCAUUUUACUCCUGCUAAUGCAAAGGCCCUGUUAUCAAUAGCCUUUAUCAUCAAUAGUACUGAUCCACCCCUAGUUAAGGUCAAAUAGCUGGCACAUUUCUUAUCAGCCUAAUGCAGGGUUAGAUAAUAUAAAGGCAGAGGUUACCUGAAGACGAGAUAGAGCAUUCCCUUUUCCUUGAACUGGACUUGAAAAACACGGGAAAGACCGCGAGCAGAAGAGGUCACGAAAGAGGAGAAACUGGAAGGAUGAAGAAAGGAUUUAAUCUGAGCAGCCAAGAUGACGACGAGAAAGGGGGCAAUAAAAAUGGAAAGGAAGACAAAAAUGGGAAUCUCAGCAUUGGAUUUUUUCAGCUAUUCCGCUUUGCCACCGGGAAAGACGUCGCCAUGAUGGUAGUUGGCGCUGUGUGUGCCCUGCUGCACGGAGCGGCGGCCCCUCUCAUGCUGCUGCUGUACGGGAGGAUGACCAAUACUUUUGUGGCCUACGAAAUGGAGUUACAAGAACUGAAAGACCCAAACAAAACGUGCAUAAACGACACUAUACACUGGACAGAUGGGACAAUAUACCUCAAUGUAGAGAACAGUACUAUAGCUUGUGGAGUGGACAUUGAAGCUCAGUUGAGGGUCUUUGCAUAUUACUACGUGGGAAUUGGAGCCGCAGUUUUGGUUCUCAGUUAUAUUCAAAUUCUCUUCUGGGUGUCAGCAGCUGCCAGGCAAAUUCAGAAAAUCCGUAAAACGUAUUUCCGCAAAGUGAUGAGAAUGGAGAUCGGCUGGUUUGACUGUAACUCGGUCGGGGAACUCAACACGAGAAUAUCAGAUGAUAUCAACAAGAUCAACAAUGCCAUCGCAGACCAGGUUUCUAUCUUUAUUGAGAGGAUUUCUACGUUUAUCUUUGGGUUCAUGGUGGGCUUUAUCGGAGGGUGGAAGCUGACCCUGGUGGUGAUCGCGGUCAGCCCUCUCAUUGGUCUAGGAGCUGCUCUAAUGGCCAUGGCCAUAUCGAGGUUAACCGGGUGGGAGCUGUUGGCGUACGCUAAAGCAGGAGCUGUGGCUGAUGAAGUUCUGUCUGCGAUCAGGACUGUGGCAGCGUUUGGUGGAGAACAGAAAGAAACAGACAGAUAUGAUCGUAACCUGGAGGAGGCCCAGACUUGGGGAGUGAAAAAGGGAACGAUCAUUGGAAUCUUUCAGGGAUAUCUGUGGUUCAUCAUUUUCAUGUGUUACGCUCUGGCCUUUUGGUACGGCUCCAAACUCGUCCUAGACACUAAGGAGAUGUCCCCUGGUACUCUCAUUCAGGUUUUCUUUGGUGUCCUGUCGGGAGCCAUAAGUCUGGGACAGGCCUCUCCGUGUCUCGAGGCAUUUGCUUCUGGUCGAGCAGCUGCCAAGAUCAUCUUUGACACAAUAGACAGGGAACCACUUAUUGACUGUUUAUCUGAAGAGGGCCACAAACUCGACAGGGUUAAAGGAGAUAUUGAGUUCCAGGACAUUACAUUCUACUACCCAUCUCGUCCAGAUGUGAAGAUUUUGAAUAAACUGAACAUGGAAGUCAAGGCUGGAGAGACCACAGCUUUUGUCGGACCCAGUGGAAUGGGGAAGAGCACGACGAUCCAGUUAAUCCAGAGAUUUUAUGAUCCACAUGAAGGAAAGGUCACUCUUGACGGACACGACAUCCGCGGUCUGAACAUCCAGUGGCUGCGCUCGCUCAUCGGGGUCGUGGAGCAGGAGCCUGUUCUGUUUGGCACCACCAUCGCCGAAAACAUCCGCUACGGUCGUCAAGACGUUUCUAUGGACGACAUCAUUCACGCCGCAAAAGAAGCCAACGCCUACAACUUUAUCAUGGGCCUGCCACAGAAAUUUGAGACUUUAGUUGGAGAAGGAGGAGGACAGAUGAGUGGAGGGCAGAAACAGAGAAUCGCCAUUGCUCGAGCUCUGAUCAGAAAUCCUAAAAUCCUUCUGCUGGACAUGGCCACGUCUGCUCUGGACAACGAGAGUGAGGCUGUGGUACAAGAAGCACUGGAUAAAGUUCGACAGGGCAGAACGACCAUCUCCAUCGCUCACAGACUGUCCACUAUUCGAAACGCAGACGUGAUCAUCGGGUUUGACCACGGGCAGGCGGUGGAGAGGGGCACUCACUCUGAACUGAUCGAGAAGAAGGGAGUUUACUUCACACUGGUGACGCUACAGAACCAAAGUACAACCAGCAAAAGUAACGAUGGACUCACAGAAUCUCCUGAAGAGGGCUCUGAUCAAAGGGGGCGAUCUCUGAGCCAACUUAGCCACAAGUCCAGCCUGAGGGGUUCCAUCCGACUUCUUCGAUCUCAGAGUCACAGGUCACGUGAUUAUGUGCCAGACGCAGUAGCGGGAAGCCUUCAAAUCGGUUCCAGCAAAGAGAUGGAAGAUAUAGAGGAGGAGCAGCCAGAGGAGUCGGCCCCUGUGACCCGUAUACUGAAGUACAACCAGCCCGAGUGGCCCUACAUGGUGCUGGGUUCAGUGGGAGCAGCUGUCAACGGAUCCAUCAACCCCAUCUACGCAGUCCUCUUCAGCCAGAUCCUGGGGACCUUCGCCAUCCCAGACCCGGUGGAGCAGACGAGACAGAUCAAUGGAGUGUGUGUGCUGUUCUGCAUUGUGGCCGUCGUCAGCGUCUUCUCUAAUUUUCUACAGGGUUAUGCGUUCGCCAAGUCUGGAGAGCUGCUGACCCGUCGGUUGAGGAGACUGGGCUUCCAGGCGAUGCUGAGGCAGGACGUGGGCUGGUUCGAUGACCCAAUGAACAGCCCUGGAGCUCUGACCACCAGACUGGCCACAGACGCCUCCAUGGUGCAAGGGGCCACAGGUUCACAGAUCGGGAUGAUCGUGAACUCCCUCACCAGUAUCUGCGUCUCCUUCAUCAUCGCCUUCUACUUCAGCUGGAAACUCACUCUGGUCAUCAUGUGCUUCCUCCCCCUCCUGGGGCUGUCUGGACUCUUUCAGUCGAAAAUGUUGACUGGCUUUGCAAAUGAAGACAAAAAGGCCCUGGAGGCAGCCGGUCAAGUGUCCAGUGAAGCUCUGUCCAACAUCAGGACCAUCGCGGGUUUGGCCAAGGAGAACAAGUUUGUGGAGGCCUACGAACAUCUGCUGGAGGCUCCGUUUAAAGCCGCCAUAAAGAAAGCCCACGUGUACGGCAUCUGCUUCGGUUUCGCCCAGUGUGUCAUCUUCAUGGCCUACGCUGCCUCCUACUGGUUUGGAGGAUACCUGGUCAGCACAGAGGGACUGUCGUACACUUAUGUUUUCCGGGUCAUUGCUACAGUUGUAGUCAGUGGCACAGCGCUGGGCAGAGCCUCGUCCUUCACUCCAGAUUACGCCAAAGCCAAAAUCGCCGCCGCUCAGCUUUUCAAACUCCUCGACCGAGUGCCCAAGAUCAGCAACAGCCCCACAGAUGGACAGAAAUGGGAUGAUUUCAGGGGUCAGAUCGAGUUCCAGGGCUGUAAGUUCACAUACCCGACGCGGCCGGACACGCAGGUUCUGAAUGGGCUGAGUGUGUCGGUGAGGCCGGGGCAGACUCUGGCGUUUGUGGGGAGCAGCGGCUGUGGGAAGAGCACCAGUGUUCAGCUGCUAGAACGUUUCUACGACCCCGACCAAGGCCAAGUGUUGGUUGAUGGUCGGCCCUCGCAGAGCAUCAACGUGCCUUUCCUUCGCUCUCAGAUGGGGAUCGUGUCUCAGGAGCCGGUGCUGUUCGACUGCAGCAUCUUAGAGAACAUCCAGUACGGAGACAACAGCCGCACCAUCAGCCUGGAGCAGGUCAUCGAGGCCUCCAAGAAAGCUUUUCUCCACGACUUUGUCAUGGCUCUACCCCAGAAAUACGACACUCAGGUUGGUGCUCAGGGCUCUCAGCUCUCCAGAGGACAGAAGCAGAGGAUCGCCAUCGCCCGCGCCAUCGUCAGAAACCCCAAGAUCCUCCUGCUGGACGAGGCCACCUCAGCGCUGGACACUGAGAGUGAACAGACCGUGCAGAAGGCUCUAGACGAGGCGAGGAAAGGCCGGACCUGUAUCGUAAUCGCCCACAGACUGUCCACCAUCCAGAACGCAGACAUCAUCGCCGUCAUGUCCCAGGGAGCCAUCAUAGAGCAGGGAACACACAACGGACUGAUGGCAAAGAGGGGGGCCUACUACAAACUCGUCACGACUGGGGCCCCUGUCAGCUAGCCCAUAUGUAGGGAACAGUAUGGGACUGUGUUAUUUAUGUUUGCUGCUUUUCUAUUUAAAAAUGAUUGUGUUUUUUAUUAAAAAGUAACGUUCUAGUGAAAUGUAUUGUGGAGAAUAUACUUGACUGAAGAGUAAAUGAACAAUGAAUCAGUUUUUUGUAUGUAUGUAAAGA